CACACCAGACAAGGACGAACAUUUGGGAAAAUGCAUCUGCUCCACCCCUCCACGUAAAGCCGAGAGGCUGCCGGAGCUGGUUUAAGAGCGCUGCCUGUCGCGAUGCCUGUCACACAGGAGCAUCCUGGGAGGGUGUCAGGACGUACUGGGGACUUGUGCUGGCUUGGAGGUGCUGCGGGUUCCCCUCGUGUCUGCAUGCCGCUGUUUUCCACUUUAAUGUAAGGGAUUGAUUUCCCCGGUUAAUCGCCUGCCUUUCAAUAAUGGCUUUCACGAUGCUGAGACCCAUGUCCACCCAUCCUUUCUCUUACCCCGCGGACUUAACCUUGACGUCGGACGACGAGGAAGGGAACCACAGCGAGAGCGAUGGCAGCACCGAUCAGGGCUACGGCUGCUGCGGGACUCCGGGAGAGAGUUACGGGGGGGAGUCCGGCGGAGUUGUGGUCCGGCAGCGGAACGCAGCCAACGCCAGAGAGAGAUACCGGACUCAGAACGUCAAUACGGCUUUCACGGCGCUGCGGACGCUCAUCCCCACGGAGCCGGUGGACAGAAAACUCUCCAAAAUCGAGACGCUGCGCCUGGCGUCCAGCUAUAUCUCCCACCUGGCUAACGUACUGGUGGUCGGAGACGGAAGGAAGGAUGAACAGCCGUGCCUCAGUGCUGCCUACAGAGAAGUGAAGGGGGGUGGACAGGGCAGACAGCCCCGGACUAUCUGCACGUUCUGCCUCAGCAACCAACGGAAAGGGGUGAAGGACAGACGAGACUGUGUGAAAAUGCACGGAAGCAGUGUUAGACAGAUAAGUCGACGAUGAAAAUGUUUAAAUUGGAGCAAUAUGGGAUUUUCUCUUCCUCACAAUAGCCAUUCCUAGAGACUUGAAGCAUCUCAGCACUACAGUAGUCCUGAAGGGCUGCUCUUACUUUGUGGAAGUUUGCCUCGUUUAUCAGUGUGAGACCGGAGGAUCAGCACCAAAAAAAUGCACCUCAUUACUGAAUACAUGCACAUUAUUUUUUUGUAGUUAGUAAUAUGAUAAACAUUGAAAAAAAAAAAAAAUUCAUAAAACUUUCCAACUCCAAUUUGCAAUUUUUAACUUUUCAGUACAAAUACAAUUCAUUUUGCAUACUCAGCAUUUACAGUGGAUCAUAUAUAAUUGCACCAUGUUGAAGGUGAGAUCCAGUGCUUUGGUAGAAGGGGUUGCUGUUGAUUAAAACAACAGUCCGCCCAAAGUAGCCUUCAAUUCCUGGAAAUAUCAGAACCACAAAGAACAUAAUCAACAUGUAAUAAAGCAAUCCUGGGCAAUGUCCGUAUAACUGCACAUUUUUUUUAAUGUAAUCUGUGUUGAUUAUAGUUAUUUAGUGCUUACAAUCUGAAUACACAAUUACAUGCAAUCUGUUAUUCCUGUUCUUGCUGCUGUUGCCCGUCGAGCUGAUUGACAGCCUGAUUUUAUCCAUGGAUGGAUCAAAGAUAUAUUAUCAAUGUUUUCUUUGCCCAUUCACAUUCAUUUAUAUUACUAAAUAUUAUUUAUUGGUCCCCAUUAACAAAUAUGGAUUUUUUUCAUCUGUAAAUGUUACUCAUUCAGUACCAUUUGUGGUUAAAUGUCCCUGUUUAAAGAAAACAAACAAAUCAAAAGAACACAAUGGUUGGAUUGGAUCCAGUGGCUGGACAGUCACACACACUUUGGUGCUGGUCCUCAAGAUGUUUGUGUGAAGCUGAUCUCUCAGUAGACCUGUGCACCUGGACAGUUUCUGGAAUGAUCUAUGAGAGGCACUUGUUGUGAAGUUAGAGAAGAUGUAUG